GUGUCCAGAAGAGGUCCGAGUGGUGGUCCUGCACAAGGAGGAGGGGACAGGCCUCGGCUUUAGCAUGGCGGGUGGAGUGGACCAUGAGAACAAGACAGUGACCGCUCACAAGGUGUUCCCACACGGUCUGGCCGCCCAAGAGGGUACCAUCGAGCAGGGAGACGAGAUCCUGUCCAUCAAUGGAUACUCCCUCAAGGGCGUCACCCACAGCGAGGCCCUCUCCCACCUCCACAAGGCUCGACCUUCGAAGCAGGCUAUCGUCGUGGUGCGGAAGGUGACCAAAGCAGAGAAGAGAGCUGUUCACAGGGGUGCCAGUGCCAGUAAUGAGCAUCAUGGUGACCAGGUGUCAGAGAACUUGGGAGAGUGCAUCACUGUGGAGCUGGAGAAAAAUAAUGCUGGCCUAGGCUUCAGCCUGGAUGGCGGAAAGGAUUCCAGUCAAGGGGAUCGACCCCUCACUAUCAAAAAGGUUUUCUCAGGUGGAAUAGCAGAAAGCAGUGGCUUGAUCCAGCAGGGAGACGAGCUGCUGCGGGUUAACGGAGAAGACUGUCAUGAUCGCACUUGUUACGAAGCUUGGAAUCUGAUAAAAUCGCAACCGGCGGGCCCAGUUAGGCUGGUGAUCCGGAAGAACCAGGACAGAGUACCUCAGGAACAGGUAUAGCAGAGUUUGGGAUAUCACCCUGGUCCCCCCGCUGCCUUGACAGACGGGACAGUUCGGUAGCGUCUCAGCAAGUCGAAGACGGCGACGAUUGCAGCGCGGCAGGCCUGACACCUGCCCUGAGAUGGGGUCAGCACGCAGUCAGUCUGGAUGACCCCCCCACAGCUGCCCCACACUCCGGACAAAUCUGGAGUCACAUCUGCCCUUGGUCCUACCUGAGACGGAUCGACUGUUGGGGUUAAGUCCCAAUUAAUUUGAGAAGCGGGGGCACGAGUUCCCUUGGGGUUUCUAAUGCAAGUUGGUCCAGAAAAGAUUGUUCUUUCUGCUGGAAAAUUCUAAAGACUUCAUUUCAUUAAACCGGAAAACAAUGCAAGGACUAUCUCCAGUUAGUGUCACUCCAAUAAGUACAUGGACUGGAGCCAACAGUAGACCAGAGACCGCUACGGUACCAUGAACAGCGUAUUAGUGUAACAGUUAGCGUAACAAUAUCACAGUGCUCUACACCGGGUUCAGUCCCCACCGCUGUCUGCGAGGAGUUGGUACGUUCACCCGGCUGCUCCUCCCACAGCGGGUUCAUCGGUCACAUGGGAGAAAUCGGGCCGUGCAGACUCGUUGGGCAGGAAGGACCAGCUACUGUGUGGUGUCUGUACGUGGAAGGAAAAGAGAUAUGUUCUCAGUAGCAUAUAGCAUAGAGAGAGUGCGGAUAGUCAGCGCCUUUUCCCCAGAGCAGCAACAGCUAAUAUGAGAGGACAUAACUCUAAGGUGAUUGGAAGAGAGGACAGAGGGGAGGUCAGAGAGUGUGUGGAAAGUGCAGAUACACUUAGGAGACUCUUAGAUAAGUGGAGGGCUAUGUGGGAGGAAAGGGUUAGAUUGAUCCCGGAGUAAGUUAAAGGGUUAGCACAACAUUGUGGGCUGAAGGGCCUGUUUUGCUCUCUGCUUUAAAUGUUCUUCAUAAGGAUGUCUGUUCGUAAGGGUGGUCUGCAACAUCUAUGCAACACACCUAUGCACAACACCCAGUCGUUUUCUAGAGCAUUAUGGAGGUCUGGUCAACCUCCUCCAGCUUUAAGAGGCUUGGGGGCAUCCUGCAGAGUCGAGCAGCAGCUCAUGGGAGUGACUCAGGUCGCUGCGGGCCGCCGUGGCAGCACUGCGGUUGGUGUCGGAAUUCCAGCAGCGUCUGUGAGGAGUUUGUACGCCCUCCCGUGACCACGUGGGUUUCCUCCGGGCGCUCUGGUUUCCACCCACUGUCCAAAGGUGGAUGGGUUUGUAGGUUAAUUGGCCAAUGUAAAUUGUCCCGUGAUUAGGCCAGGGUUACAUCUGUGGGAUGCCAGGCGGUGAGGCUCGAAGGGUCAGUAGGGCCUGCUCCACGGUGUAGCUCUAAAUAAUUAAAAAUUAAAUAGAUUUGAGUGUGUGUGUGAGAUUUUCAUGUUCUCCUGUGGCCGUGUGAUGUCUGGUUUCCUAUCACCCCAAGGCCGUGCAUGGUCAGUGGGUCCAUCUAGAACUAGAAGGUUGCAGAAAGAUUUGAUAAAGGGUAAAUGCCAGCUGGAUUUUCUGACUGAGACUAGAUCUAGAGGUCUUGGGAGGAAGGGGAACUAUUUCACUCAGAGGCUGGUGAGAGUGCGGAAGGAGCUGCCAGCAGAAGUGGUGGAUGGGGUUCGAUUUCAACAUUUAAAAGAAGUUUGAGCCUUCAACAGAGUGGAGUGGCAGUAUCUAUUUAAAGUUUUAGGAAGAUUUGGUAUGGGGGAAAUUUCUAAGGUGGAUACAGCUUCUUUAUUCUAACCCACGGGCUGAAAUUUUAACUAACGGGCUUUUUCUCGGCACCUUUUAAACUCCAACGGGGAGCAAGACAGGGCUGCCCCCUAUCUCCCCUCCUGUUUAUCCUGGCCAUUGAGCCACUUGCUCUGGCAAUUCGAAAACAGAUUAACAUAUCAGGAAUAACUAUAGGAGAUAUAGAACAUCGCAUAGCCCAGUACACGGAUGACGUAAUUUCAUUUUGCUCCAACUUGAAACAAACAUUACCUGUCUUAACUGAUCUGAUAAGUACUUUUGGUACUUUUGCAGGCUAUAAAGUAAACAACAACAAAUCUGCAAUAUUAUUCAUGGAUAAAAGUGGGUGAGACUCAAUUCUCCCACUUCAAACUCCAUUUAUGGUGUCAGAACAGGGUUUUACCUAUCUGGGUGUUAAAUUUACUCCUACUACUGAUAAAAUUAUCCCAAUUAAUUAUAACCCUCUCACAGACUCAGCUGUUCAACUUAUAAACAGAUGGAUGAAAUUGUCCAUAUCUUUAAUUGGACACAUAAACAUUCUAAAGAUGUCAAUUUUACUGAAGUUCCUGUUCCUUUUCCAAUCUAUUCCACUUUCUUCUCCAUUAUCUUUCUUUUAUUUGUUAAAGAAAAUUUUCUGUAAUUUCAUCUGGAAUAAUAGACAUCUGAGACUCAGGCUUUCCCUGUUAUAUCUGCCUUGUGAUAGAGGCGGCUGACAGCUACCAAAUCUUAUAUGGUAUUUCUGGGCGGCCCAAAUUAGAGCACGAAUGUUUUACUUUGUUAAGGAUCACUCCCCUACUUGGGUCUUAAUGGUACCCCAGUCGAUUAAAAUCCCUCUAGAACUAUAUAUGUACUCAGCAGAUAAGAAAAAACUGGUCAAACAAACUAAAAAACCCCUUCUUAAAAAAUACAAUAAUGGUUUGGCACAAUGCUGUUGUGUAUUUGGGAGAGACAUCAUCACAGUUAUCCCAGUUUACUCCUAUCUUUGGUAAUGAUGGCUCCAGCCCGGCAGAGCAGACCCAAGACAUAGCUAAGGUGUCUGAUCUUUAUAAGGGCGAUACACUUAUGUCAUUUGAAGAACUCAAGGCCACAUAUGGAAUUCCAACAAAACACUUUUUUUAAAUACCUUCAGUUGUGAAGUUUUAUUAUGUCCAGGCAAGGUUACAGUUUGAAACUCCCUCCUUUAUCUUCACUAGAAGACAUCACUCUGAAAUAAUCUGAAGCCAGGGGACAUGUCUGUAUUAUACAAUUUGUUUGCAAGUAAGUGUAAUGAGUCAUCAAACAACAUACUACAAGCAUGGAGAACUGAUUUGCAUGAGAAUCUGUCAGAAAAAGAGUGGUCAGAAGCUUGUUCGUUAGUUCAAACCCAAUCAGUGAAUAAUCAUUCUAAAUCACUACAAUACAAAUGGAUAACCAGACGGUUAUCAAUACUGCAGUCAGGUUGCAUCACUUUUUAACCCAACAUUCCAGACACAUGCAAUAAAUGUAAUCACCAAAAGGGGUCUCUGUUCCAUUGUACGUGGGAGUGCCCCCACAUAAUCUGCUUCUGGACGAAGGUGCUGGAUUUGAUUAGUCAGAUAUUGGAAAAAAGGUGCCCCUUGAUCCUAAAUUAUGUAUUCUUUGUAACCUCCAAAAAUGUAAGGUCUCUGCUUAACAUUUGUUUUCUGGAAGCCAAAUGCUGCAUAGCCCAUUUAUGGAAGAAAGCAACAACCAGUGGACUCACAACGGCUGAAAGGAAUGACUUCUUAUCGUGCUCUAGAAAAAAUAAGCUACAUCACAAAAAACAAACUUGGCAAAUUUCGGGAAAUUUGGGACAGUUUCUACAAGUUUCUGGAGAACAAUAUUCAGGAUGAUGAAAACAACGAACUGAAUUGACUGCUUUUAUAAUGGUGGGGUGUUUGCUUUUUUGUGUGUGUUUUUUUUCUUUUGAUUUCUUAUUUUUUUCCCUUUAACUUUGUUGCAUUUUCAAACCUAUGGAUGAUCUAAUGUGUUUUCAUU